GCUGAAUGUGAUGAGAAAUCUUGCCUCAUUUAUUGGAGGCGGUGGGUUCUUGGCCUUUGCUUUGCCACAUGUCGGUGCAGCUCCUUCUGGCCAGCGGCCGCGUCUUGCUCCAAUGCCCUUUGAGCACCAGUGGGUCACAAGUUGCCCAGGAUGCCCAGAGAGCUGGGGUUGCCGUGCAGGGCCUGGUGAAGGCGGAUGGGCAGCUGCUAGAUCUUCGGAAAAGCCUGGCAGAGAAUGGCUUGGAGGACGGCGACGUGGUCACCGCCGUGGCGCGCCGCGCGCGCCUGGCGGCGAACCUCUCGGCCUUCGUGCUGAUCGGCGCGGAUGGUCGCGCCGAGGCCUGGGGCGGCCCGGAGCUGAAGUGCGAACUGACGGAUGUGCAGGAGGUUCAGGCCACGGACUUUGCCUUCGCCGCCGUGUGCGGCGAUGGGCGCGUCGUUGCCUGGGGUGAUCCGGACUUCGGAGGCGACUGCAGCGGCGUCCAGGAGCAGUUGACUUCGGUGGAGCAGAUUCAGUCAACCGGUGCAGCUUUUGCAGCACUGAAGACCGACGGCUCAGUUGUGGUCUGGGGCCACCCCAUCUUCGGCGGUGAUGCACGUGCGGUGCAGGAGCAGCUUCUUGAGGUGGUGUGUGUCCAGAACUCCCGGGGCGCCUUUGCAGCGCUGCGGAGCGACGGGAGCCUCGUGGCCUGGGGCGCUCCGCACGGCGGGGGCAGCUGCUCCGCCGCGGUGCGCGAGGCGCUGAGGCGCUGCGGCGGCGUCCGGAGCGUCCAGGCGUCCUACGCAGCCUUCGCGGCGAUUGGCCGAGACGAGACGGUGGUGAGCUGGGGUGAUACAGAGAAAGGAGGAGACUCUAGCAGCGUGCAAGAGCAGCUGACGGGUGUCCAGCAGAUCCAGGCGACCCGCGCGGCCUUCGCGGCCGUGCUGCGCACGGGGCGGGUGGUGACUUGGGGCUGUCCCCAGAGUGGUGGAGAUAGUCGUGACGUCCAGGAUCGCCUGCGCAACGUCCAGCAGAUCCAAGCCUCGACCUAUGCCUUCGCUGCCUUGACAGCGGCCGGUGAGGUGGUCACCUGGGGCGGCGAUGCCGGCGACAGCGUCCAGAUGCAGGGGAAGUUGAGACAGGUGCAACAGAUCCAAGCGAGUGGUGGGGCCUUUGCUGCGAUUCUGCAGGAUGGAAGUGUGGUCACCUGGGGAGAUCCUGACAAAGGUGGCAAUUCCAGCCACGUGCAAGCGCAGCUGGUAGAGGUGCAACAAAUCCAAGCUUCCCGUGACGCCUUUGCCGCCCUGUGCACAGAUGGGCGUGUCGUCACUUGGGGCUCCCAGCGCGGGGGCGGGGACUGCGGGCGCGUGAAGGAGCGACUGAAAGAUGUGCAACAGAUCCAGGCCAUGGGCUGGAUGGAGGUGAGGCUGGAUGGAUUUGAUGUGGGUGAUUUGAUGGAGCCACAUCAAAAACAAACCCUAUGUAAAUACCCGGGAGAGCAGGUGGCAUGGUGCUUUGCAAUUGUCGACUCAUUAUAUCAAAACGCAGUCGUUUGUUGCUCCAGCGGCUCAGACGCGUUGCAACUAUGCUGCAACUGAAUGGAGAAUUUGAAUGCAACUUGUGUGCUUUCAUUCGACAAAGCUUUCAUUCGGCCAACCGGUUGUUUUCAGCCAAGCGUAGGCCACCACCCACGCCUUCGCAGCUCUCUUAGGUGACGGCUCGGUAGUGGCCUGGGGAGGCACCAAGUAUGGUGGCUCGCGUGGAGAAGAAGCCAAGUCGAAGGGCAAAGGCUCCCGACGACCGCGCACCGCCGGGACAAAAGACACCGGCGGAAAAGGUGAAUCGGGGAGUCAGGUGACGAAUGAAAGCGGACGGGGUUCUCAUGUGCAGAGGAAGGCUGCCUUCCACGAGACCAAAAGGCUUGUUAGUACAGCGGAAGCUACUUUUGGGUUUGUAGUCCUGCAGCAG